GGCGAGAGGUGUGCAAGAGUUUUAGUUAUGAUGGCGUUUAACAUCAAAAAUAAUAUCUUAUCAAAAUUAUUUCCAAUAAUAACAGUGUUGUUGAUUUUUAUUAGAGGAUUUGAGAGUUUUAAUUUAUAUUCUUUAGAAACGAGGUAUAUCGAAGUACCAGUGGAUCACUUUUCGGCAACGCCAAUAACAAAAUAUUUUUAUUUGAGAUACAUGGUUAACGCAAAGUACUAUCGUAAGGGCGGUCCAGUAUUCGUUUAUACGGGGGGCAAUCGAGAUAUUUCAAUUACAGCACAAAACUCUGGUUUUUUGUUCGACAUUGCACCAAUUUUCAACGCGGUGUUGGUUUUUAUCGAGCAUCGAUAUUACGGGACAUCACUACCGUUUGGAAACGCAUCAUUCGCAACUAUUGAAAACUUGAAGUAUUUAAGCACAACACAGGCGUUAGCAGAUUUUGCGUUUCUCAUUGAUGCUUUGAAGAAGAAAUUUUUUCAAAAAGCUGAGCCGCCAUUUAUCGCUUUCGGAGGACACUAUGGUGGAAUGUUGGCAGCCUGGUUAAGAUUGAAGUAUCCACAUUCAGUUGAUGGAGCUAUAACUUCGUCCGCACCUAUUUUAUACUUUCCCGAGCUCACUUCUUGCGAAGGAUAUUAUAAAACGGUUACGCGAGUUUUCAAAGUUUAUGGAAAGGAGAAAUGUGUCAAAACAAUAAAGCUCGGAUGGGAAGUAAUCUUAGACCUAACUAAAUCAAAUUUAGGCAAGGAUUACAUUUCUUCAACAUGGAAACUUUGCAAUAAACUAAAAACACCAGAAGAUGUUGACAUAUUUUUAGAUUGGUUAGCCAAUGUCUACAUCAAAUUGGCCAUGGUAAACUACCCAUAUAGUUCUGAAUACUUCGAACCAGUUCCAGCCUUUCCUGUGAUGGUUUUUUGCAACAAACUUACCUCUAAUUAUGUUAAUAACACAAAAGGAUUUAUUCAAAAUUAUGCCGAAGCUUUGCAAAUGAUCACUAAUUAUACAGGCCAAACAGAUUGUAUCAACAUUUUCUAUAAACAAGAAGAUUCCAAUGAAGUUGCUUGGCAGUACCAAACUUGUACAGAGUUGAUAAUGCCCAAAUGCUCAACCGACGAAGACAUGUUUUUGACAAAAAACUGGAAUUAUCAACAAUUUGCUCUUAAUUGUUACAAACAAUUUGGAGUUAGAUCAAGACCUAACGGACCUUUGACAUAUGGAAAAAAUGUGGACUCUUAUUCGAAUGUAGUCUUCAGUAAUAGCAUGUUAGAUCCAGGUGCAUGGGGUGGUGCUUAUCUAAAGUCUGCAGAUACAUUAAAUGACUCCGUGUUGACUUAUCAAAUUAUCGAUGCUCCACACCUUAUGGACCUCAGAGGAUCUGAUUCUGCUGAUGAUAAUAAUAUCGUGACAGCAAGGAAGUUUUAUAUAUCAACUAUUAAAAAGUGGCUUAAACGGGGUUAGGCGAUCUAGUGAUAAAUCAGACGAUGAACAUGACUUAAACUAUUAAUAUUUUUUAAUUUAUUUGGGUACCUAAUUAUUAAAAUACAAGAGUGUCUAAUGCAUGUCUCCCAAAUGUUGAAAAUUGUAAAAUACAAUAAUAUUUAUGUCAAAAUUCUUAGUGCAUAAAAUAAAA